CGCCCGCGGGCGCAUUGGUUGUGCGGGGCGCGGGCGCGCGGGCUGGGCUUUGAACCGUGCGCGGUGUAGCUGCGGGCCGGGGUCCAGUGUCCGGCAGGGCUCCGGCCAGGGUCGCGUGGGCCAUGGCGGCCGAGGCGCGCGUGUCGCGCUGGUACUUCGGGGGGCUGGCCUCGUGCGGGGCCGCCUGCUGUACGCACCCGCUGGACCUGCUCAAGGUGCACCUGCAGACCCAGCAGGAGGUGAAGCUGCGCAUGACGGGCAUGGCGCUGCAGGUGCUGCGCACCGACGGCUUCCUGGCUCUGUACAACGGCCUGAGCGCCUCCCUCUGCCGGCAGAUGACCUACUCCCUGACCCGCUUCGCCAUCUACGAGACCGUGCGCGACCGCCUGACCAAGGCCGGCCAGGGGCCCCUCCCCUUCCACCAGAAGGUGCUGCUGGGCGGCGUCAGCGGCUUGACCGGAGGCUUCGUGGGGACCCCCGCAGACCUGGUCAACGUGAGGAUGCAGAAUGACAUGAAGCUGCCCCUCCACCAGCGGCGCAACUACACACACGCCCUGGACGGGCUGCUCCGUGUGGCUCGGGAAGAGGGCCUGAAGAGGCUGUUCUCAGGCGCAACCAUGGCGUCCAGCCGCGGGGCCUUGGUCACCGUCGGCCAGCUCUCCUGCUACGACCAGGCCAAGCAGCUGGUCCUUAGCACCGGGUACCUGUCUGACAGCGUCUUCACGCACUUUGUCGCCAGCUUCAUUGCCGGUGGGUGCGCCACGGUCCUGUGCCAGCCUCUGGACGUGCUGAAGACCCGGCUGAUGAACGCCAAGGGAGAGUACCGGGGCGUCUUCCACUGCGCAAUGGAGACCGCGAAGCUGGGACCGCUGGCCUUCUACAAGGGCCUGUUUCCCGCCGGCAUCCGUCUCAUCCCCCACACCGUGCUCACCUUCGUCUUCCUGGAGCAGCUCCGCAAACACUUUGGCCUGCAGGUGCCGUCCUGACCUGCCCGGGAGCCGCCGUGCCGAGCCCGGCCGCCAGCACCGGCUGUUCCAAAGAGCCCCAGGGGCAGCCCCCCGCCCAGCCCCGCCCACUGGGCAGUGUCCCUGCACUGUGACCGCACGAAGGGGCCACAGCCACCCAGCCCUGCUCCCAAGUGAGGGGAGCAAACGGCACUGGUGACCAGCGAGAGCCCAGCAGGCAGGGCACCCAAGCAGGCAUGGUGGCAUUGGCCCGGUCCAGCCGCCCCAAAGCCGCCCCCAGGCGUGUGGCCGCAGUGGGCAGAGACGGGGCAGUGCGUCUGUCCUGGGGGUCUCACAUGUCCUGCAGCAGCCAGCGCCAACCCCACAGUGCUGCCGAGUGAGGCUGGGCCCUUCUUCAGCCCCUGCCUCCUGCACCCUUGGGGCGGGGCCUCCUGGGGGCUCCGUGGGGGCACUUGUAAUAAACAGCGUGGACCACC